AGGCAGCGACGCCCAGGGGAGCAGAGAGCAGCUGCAGCGGAGGCGCAGCCGCCUUGCCCGGUCGAAGGAGAGGACGCAGCAACGAGGUCUCUUAGAAGAAAUAACAUCCUUAGGCUGCUGCAUGAGUAUUUGCUUCUGGACCAGCAGGAACAUUUCCAAGAAUAAAAAAUGCCGAAACCAGUCAAUGUUCGAGUUACCACUGUGGAUGCGGAACUGGAAUUUGCCAUUCAGCUUAACACUACUGGCAAGCAGCUGUUUGACCAGGUGGUCAAGACUAUAGGAUUGCGUGAAGUGUGGUACUUUGGUCUUCAGUAUGUUGAUAAUAAAGGAUUCCUGACCUGGCUGAAGCUUGACAAAAAAGUCUCUGCUCAAGAGGUCAAGAAAGAAGAUCCUCUGCAGUUCAAAUUCCGUGCAAAGUUCUUCCCUGAAGAUGUAUCUGAAGAGCUGAUCCAGGACAUCACGCAAAAGUUGUUCUUCCUGCAGGUGAAGGAAGGAAUCCUUAGUGAUGAGAUCUACUGCCCCCCUGAAACUGCAGUCCUUCUUGGCUCUUAUGCGGUGCAAGCCAAAUUUGGUGACUACAGUAAAGAAAUACACAAGCCUGGAUACCUCAGUUCUGAACGUCUGGUCCCCCAAAGAGUUAUGGAUCAGCAUAAGCUCUCCAGAGAACAGUGGGAAGAACGGAUUCAGGUCUGGCAUGCUGAACAUGGCGGAAUGCUUAAAGAGAAUGCCAUGCUCGAAUACUUGAAGAUUGCCCAGGACCUAGAGAUGUAUGGAAUCAACUACUUUGAAAUCAAGAAUAAAAAAGGGACAGACCUGUGGCUAGGGGUAGACGCACUUGGACUGAACAUAUAUGAGAAGGAAGACAAAUUGACUCCAAAGAUUGGGUUCCCCUGGAGUGAGAUCAGGAACAUCUCUUUCAAUGACAAGAAGUUUGUUAUAAAACCAAUCGACAAGAAGGCCCCAGACUUUGUGUUUUAUGCCCCUCGCCUAAGAAUUAACAAGAGGAUCCUGCAGUUAUGUAUGGGAAAUCAUGAACUGUACAUGCGCCGUAGGAAACCUGACACCAUUGAGGUCCAACAGAUGAAAGCCCAAGCCCGAGAAGAGAAGCAUCAAAAAUUGCUAGAAAGAGAGCAGUUAGAACAAGAAAAGAAGAAGAGAGAGAAAAUUGAGAAGGAGAAGGCGCAGGUGUUAAGGGAGAAAGAAGAGCUGAUGCUGAGAUUGCAAGAGUAUGAACUGAAGACACAGAAAGCAGAAAGAGAGCUCUCAGAGCAAAUCCAGAAAGCCAGGCAGUUGGAUGAGGAAAGGAGAAGGGCUCAGGAAGAAGCUGAGCGCCUAGAGAAUGAACGUUUGGGUGCACUGAAAGCCAAGGAGGAGCUGGAGAGGCAAGCUGCUGACCAAAUGAAGAGCCAGGAGCAGCUGGCUACAGAGCUUGCAGAAUACACAGCCAAGAUUGCCCUUCUGGAGGAGUCAAGGAAACGCAAAGAGAAUGAGGUGGAAGAGUGGCAGCUCAGAGCUAAGGAAGCUCAGGAUGACCUCGUAAAGACGAAAGAGGAGUUGCACCUGGUGAUGACUGCUCCACCGCCACCGCCCCCACCUGUGUAUGAGCCAGUGAACUACCAUGUCCACGAUAACUUUCAAGAUGAAGGGACAGAGUCCUCUGGCUACAGUGCAGACUUUUCCAGCGAGGGCAUACUAGAUGAUCGUAAUGAAGAGAGGCGUAUCACUGAAGCAGAAAAGAAUGAGCGUGUGCAAAGGCAGCUGAAGACACUGAGUAAUGAACUAGCACAAGCCAGAGAUGAAAACAAGAAGACUCAAAAUGACCUCAUCCACACCGAGAACAUCCGACAAGGACGUGACAAGUACAAGACACUGAGGCAAAUCCGACAAGGCAACACCAAGCAGAGAAUUGAUGAGUUUGAGGCUAUGUAAAUACAACAGCACAAGACUCUGGGAAAGGCAGAUUUUGAAUACUGACUUUUCUUUCUGAAGGGUCACUGAACAGUCAUACCAAAAAAAAAAAAAAAGUCUCCAAACCUUCACACUAUCAGUUGGUACCUGAAUCUAGCUAAAGCAGCCAUCAACUAAUGAUUGCAUAAGGAUAGCUGUCAGCAUCAAGCCUUGGAAAUAUUUGGCCAUAUCCUAGUGCCAAAAGGCCUUUCAGAAUUGCUUUCACCCCUUAUGUUAUUAGUAUGCUGCUGCUUGAGUACAGCAGAUUUGGGGGGGGGGGGGGGGGGAGCACAGAUUCACUAUUAGUAUGUUGUGCCAUGUUCCUUGGGUUUUAAACCUCAUGUGUAAUUUAGGGCUGUAAAAUCUCCCAAGUUGUCCACUUCUUCACUUCCUUCUAUUGCAGUGUCAUAGAAACCUCAUCUUAAGAGUAAAACUGAAGGAGCAUUUUAAUUGAACUGUUGAAUUGAAGAAGUUCCCACAGUGAUCACUCAGAAGGAAUGCAUUACAGGCCCACUUGGAUGCCUGACUUGCAUAAGAUAGUCAGGAAGAUCAUUGGCCUUCAAUAUUAUUGAAGAGUGGUACUCCAGCUUAAUGAAUCAGCUGUAGUGUAGUAUUUAUAUUUACCUAUGUUAAAGGCAGCAUUUAAUUCUAGUCUGAAAAGGGAGAAAAGUUUUUUGCUUUGUAUAUUUUGUUACUGCUUUCAAAUUUAAUUUGAAAAGGAUAACAGGUAAAAAAGAAAAAGGUCUCCUAGACACUGGGGUGAGGCAAUAUAAGAAACUUGAUUAUGAUCUAGGAAACAUUUAUAAAGAUGAUUUUUUUUACUUAAAAGAAAAUUGUGAUACAUUCCUGUGAUUCAGUAUGUACAAUUUCAUUGUACCUGCUUUUUUCUAACAAAUUUUCUAAUUUUUUAAAAAAUGAUAUAGUUUCAGACUCCAACCAUGAAGGGACUUUGUCAACUUUUUAUUUCUCUGUUAGAGCUAUUAGAGAGUUUCUGGAUUUCUUCCACCACCACACCCUUUGUGAAUCUCCUUCACAAAAAUAAUCCCAUCUCAGGCUUUGGAAAUCUGCUAGAGUGUCACAGGACAGUAUGUUGUUAGUUCUCCAUAUGCUGCUUUGUACUCAUGUUUAAACCUUGGUAUCCUGCUACAGUGUUGUGGGAUUUGUAUUUGUGCAAUUCAUUCACAAAUAAAAAAAUCUGC